UUCUUGUAUUGUUCACUUGGACACUCCAUCAUUCUCACAGCAUGCAUACACACAUAGUCAUUCAGAGAGCACAUACACAAAACCCCUCCACCUCUGUAUAAAACUCUGUCUGUCUCUGUCCGUUUGUCUGUCUCCGUCUGUGACCGCUGAUACCUCCACACAGUUCCAGUCAUGUCAGAUAUAGAAGAGGAAUACGAGGAGCAGGGAGAGGAGGAGCAAGAGGAGGAGGAACAGGAGGAGGAGCCUGAGCAGACAGAGGAGGAUGGAGGAGAGCAGCCAGAGUACCAAGAGGAGGAGCGCCCAAAACCCAAACCUAUUGCGCCUCAACUUGCCCCCCCAAAGAUUCCUGAGGGUGAUAGGGUGGACUUUGAUGACAUCCACAGAAAGCGUAUGGAAAAGGACACACUGGAGUUGCACACUCUGAUUGACGUCCACUUUGAGCAGAGGAAGAAGGAUGAGGAAGAACUUAUCGGGCUCAAGGACCGAAUCGAGCGUCGUCGGUAUGAGCGAGCAGAGAUCCAACGGGUCAGAGCAGAGAAGGAGAAGGACAGACAGAACAGGAUUGCGGAGGAACGUCACAGAAAAGAAGAAGAGGAGGCCAAGAAGAAGGCUGAUGAUGAUGCCAAGAAGAAGAAAGUGCUUUCUGGCAUGGGAGCGAACUUCGGAGGCUUCCUGACCAAGGCUGAGAUGAGGAAGGGGAAGCGUCUGACUGGCAGAGAGAUCAAGAAGAAGACUCUGGCUGAGAGACGAGAGCCGCUGACAAUUGAUAAUAUGAGAGAAGACGCGCUCAAGCAACGGGCCCAGGAGAUGUGGAACUGUAUCUACCAGCUGGAGUCUGAGAAGUUUGACUACAUGGAGUACAUGAAACACCAGAAAUAUGAGAUCAUUGUGCUGCUGAACAGGAUCCAACAUGCUCAGAAAUUCAAAAAGGUCCAUGGAAAAGGGAAGGUGGGCGGACGCUGGAAGUAAAAGAGGGCAGAAGAAGAAAACAAGAUAACAAAGGCACAAUGAUAAUAAAUAGUUCUGUGACAAUGUAGGGAUGGAGUAAGCUCACAUUAUCCUCUUCAUAGUCCUCUAGUGUCAGAGUUGCUCUUUAGGCCUUUUCUGUGUUUGUAAAAGAUGUUGAAUGUUUCUUGAUAAAAUGUAUUGAUAAUAAAACCAGAUGCAUUACUGUGCUAUA